AUGAGACUACAGACCUGGGUGCUGUUAUAUAUACUGCUGCCUCUUGUUGCCAUGGUUUCUAGUAUACCACUCUAUGGGGAUAUGGCGAUAUAUACAGACAAGCGAUCAGAUAACGGUGAUUAUACCGACAACCUUAGAAAUAUCAUGAGGAUGUUAACAACAAGUCAGGACUUAGGAAGAGACAGACGUGGGUUUAACCUUGACGUAGGUUUAGGGUCAAGAUUAGCCUCUAUCGAGAAGCUCACAAACCUGCUUUUAGCUCGAGAACAUCUUCACAGCGGCGACUCCCCUGGCCGGAGGUAG